AUGUUGAGAUACACUCUUGCUAUUGCUCUCCUACUUGGACUCAUUUCUGCCACUGCCGACCAUUGGGCUGUUAUCGUUGCUGGUUCAAACGGCUACUGGAACUACAGACAUCAAGCUGACGCUUGCCAUGCCUACUAAAUCAUGAAAAAGAAUGGUAUUCCAGAGUCUAACAUCAUUUUGAUGGCUUACGACGAUGUCGCUAACGACCCAGAGAAUCCAUUCCCAGGCAAGAUCUUCAACAAGCCAAACGGAAAAGAUGUCUAUGCUGGUUGCAACAUCGACUACAAGGGUGAUUCAGUUAACCCAACUAACUUCCUUAGCAUCCUUAAGGGAGAUGCCGCCGGUGUUAAGGGUGGAAAUGGAAAGGUCCUCAAGUCAACUGCAAACUCAAAGGUUUUCGUUUCUUUCUUCGACCAUGGUGCACCAGGUCUCAUUGCUUUCCCCAAUGAGUAUCUCUAUGCCAACGAUCUCAACACUGCCUUCAACUACAUGCACGACAACAAGAAAUACGAUGAACUCGUUUUCUACUUAGAAGCUUGCGAAUCAGGAUCAAUGUUCGAUGGUAUUCUUAAGAACAACAUUAACAUUUACGCUAUCACUGCUGCCAACCCAGACGAAUCAUCAUGGGGAACUUACUGCUACCCAGAUGAUGCCAUCAAUGGCGUCCACAUCAACUCAUGCCUCGGAGAUCUCUUCGCAGUCAACUGGAUGGAAGACUCAGAAGCUGAAAACGUUCACUCAGAGAGUCUCGCUGCUCAAUUCACUAAGAUCCAAAAGGAGACUGACAAAUCCCACGUCAUGAAAUACGGUCAAGAAACCUUCACCAACGAGCCAAUUGGAAACUUCCAAGGUAACUUCAACGAUGCUGCCGUUAAGCCAAAGGUUGAAGGCUUCUUCGAUAGACUCGUCCUUAAGGCCAAGAAAGCUGCUAUUUCUGCCAGUGACUCAGAGAGACACAUGUCAGCUGUCCACUCAAGAGAUUCCAAGCUCCAUCACUUGUACUCUACCCUCCAAACCAAGGGUGGUCACAAGAUCUCAAUCGAUCUUUCCACUGAACUCAACUCAAGAAUGAGAACUGAUCACGUCUUCGAAGACUUAGUACCAUCUCAAUUUAGACCAAAUGGCGAUCAAAUCAUCAGACCAAGAAACUUCGAUUGCCUCAAGCAAGCUGUUGCUCAAUACGAAAAGAGCUGCGGAAAGUUCUCUGACUACGAUCUUAAGUACGUUAGACAACUCGUUAACCUUUGCGAGACUCUCCCAAAUUCCUCCGAGGUUCCAGUACUCAUGAAGAGAAUCCAAGACUCUUGCGAGCACUGA